UAGAUAGAUAGAUACACACUCCUCACGUCACUCCCACUUGUUCCACAAACAAACACACCACAUUACACAUUCCCACAUUCUAACCAUUACAUAAUCUUCACCCUAAACUCAUCUCUCUGUUUCUCAACAGAACCAGAGAAUGCAGCACUUCACCCUCGUUACGAUCUUUCUCGUACUUUCCCUCACCCAUCUCACUCCCUCUGAUGGAGGUUCCAUAGGAAUAAACUACGGUCGCAUAGCCAACAACCUCCCCUCCGCCAUGAAAGUAGUCCAUCUCCUCAAAUCACAAGGUCUGGACCGUGUCAAAGUCUACGACACCGACCCUUCAGUUCUCCGAGCAUUAUCCGGAUCCAAAAUCAAAGUAACCGUUGAUCUCCCAAACCAACAACUCUUCGCAGCCGCAAAAGCACCUUCCUUUGCUCUGUCAUGGGUCGAACGAAACGUCGUAGCUUACUACCCUCACACCCAAAUCGAAGCCAUUGCAGUUGGUAACGAAGUCUUCGUGGAUCCCAGCAACACCACAAAGUUCCUCGUACCCGCCAUGAAAAACAUCUACAGAGCACUCCAAAAACAUAACCUCCACUCCGACAUUAAAGUUUCCUCCCCCAUCGCACUUUCCGCACUUGGUAACUCUUACCCUUCCUCAUCAGGGUCAUUCCGACCCGAGUUAAUCCAACCCGUUUUUAAACCCAUGCUAGAUUUUAUCCGCGAAACCGGUUCUUACCUUAUGGUAAACGUUUACCCUUUUUUCGCUUACGAGUCAAACGCUGACGUCAUCUCUUUAGAUUAUGCUCUAUUUAGACAAAACCCGGGUCAGGUGGAUCCGGGUAACGGGUUAAGAUAUACAAACCUCUUCGACGCUCAAAUCGACGCCGUUUUCGCUGCACUCAAUAGUUUGAAAUACGACGAUGUGAACAUUGUCGUUUCAGAGACAGGCUGGCCUUCGAAAGGUGAUGGCAAUGAGGUGGGUGCGAGUGUAGAGAAUGCAGCUGCUUACAACGGGAAUCUCGUCCGUAAGAUCUUGACUGGAAGUGGGACCCCUUUGAGACCUAAAGCAGAUCUAACCGUUUAUUUAUUCGCACUUUUCAAUGAAAAUCAGAAACCUGGCCCCACUUCUGAGAGAAAUUUCGGUUUGUUUUACCCUAAUGAAAAGAAGGUUUACGACGUUCCAUUAACCGUGGAGGCGCUUAAAAAUUACCACGACAAUCCGUCACCGGUUGCCGGUGGUGCAAACCAGCCUACUCCGUCGGAGGGAGGUGGUAAUGGCGGUGUUUCGAAGAGUACUACCGGGAACACGUGGUGCGUUGCGAAUCCUUACGCGGAUAAAAAUAAGCUACAAGCUGCUUUAGAUUUUGCUUGUGGUGAAGGAGGUGCUGAUUGCCGUUCGAUUCAGCCGAACUCCACGUGUUACAAUCCUAACACAUUGGUUUCGCACGCUUCGUUUGCGUUUAACAGUUAUUAUCAAAAACAAGCACGUGCUGGCGGGAGUUGCUAUUUCGGUGGUACGUCGUACGUGGUCACGCAAGAGCCUAAAUAUGGUGACUGUGAAUAUCCCACUGGAUAUUAAAAGCUGAUUUUGCACUGUGUUGAAGGGUGAAGAUGAAGAGAUUUGGUUGAUGAUUAGUUAAAAUAAUGUUUAGUAGUACUUGACUUGUCAUUAAGUUGGUGGGAGUUGGUUAGCUAAAUUUACUUUUAGAGACUUUAAUUAAAUUGUAUCUAAGUUUUUAUUAUUUUGGAGUAGUAGUUCAUUUUCAUUUGCUUAGACUAGAAGUAGUAAUCAGUUUUCAUUUUGCUAAUACAUUCUAGUUUCUUUAA